UUUAUGAUUGUAUUCUAUAAGUAAAUACGAUUAUAAAUGUCAAAUCCAAUAUUAACAUUAAUUUUAAAGAAAUUUUUUAUUAUUUAUUUAUUUUUGCUAAUUCAUUUAAUUUAAAUUUGAAAAAAUCAAAAAUGAGCGAAGAAAUGACAAAUCAAAAUCUUUCUUUACAAAAAGUUUUAUUACCUGGUCAUGAUCCUGGUUGGAAUGAUCCUCCGAAAUGGGCAUAUUCUAUGGCACAAAGUUCUAUAACUCCUACUAAACGAAUGUUAAAUAAAAGGGUAGCAUUUCCUAUGACAUCUAUACAAGCUAAAGAUAAAGAAUCUUCUUUAAACAAACCAUUAAAUAUGCCACCACCAAUACAAUCUGCAAUUAAUUUAACAACAGCAUCACAUCCUCCAUUGUUAUGUCCUUCAAACAAAAAUAAUUUGAAAGGAAAAAUGAAUGAAAUAAAUAUUAAUAAAGAGGAGACAUUAAAUAAUGUCUUGAUAAAUUUAGAAGCUGUAAUUAAUGAACAUAUAUCUGAAAAAAAUAGUGCUGAAGAAGUAAAAAAGAAAUUAGAUAUAUUAAAAACUGCAUGGCUUGAAGAUAAACUAAACAAUAUGAUAUAUAAGAAUAUUUUAGAUUUAUCUACAGCUUUACGAGAAGGGAAUAUUGAAAAAGCUGAUGAAAUACAUAUUGCAUUAAUGAUGUAUCAUGCUAAUCUAUGUAAUACAUGGAUACCUGGAAUUAGACAUAUUAUUUUAGGACUAAAAACCAAAAUGAAAAGCUCAAAUAUUACAUAUUCUCAAAGUUCAAAAUCAAAUUUAUUAUUAACUGAAAAAAACGAAUAAGUAGAAUUUUUUCAGGAAUAACAUUUUUAUGUAUAAUGAACAUUAUUUCUUUGUUUAUAUAA